AAAGAAAAAACGCCGGCAUUUGGGGAUUUUGGGGAGGGAAGCCAGUCGGCGAGCGAGAGAGCGGCGUCGAAGGAGAUCGGAAGAUGUCUUCCAAUUUCUCCUUCCCGGAGAUGGCGCCGGCGAAGAUCGCCGAGGAGCUGCACGCAUACGGCCUCGCCCCGGGCAACCUCCGCGCGGAGGACAUCACCAACCCGCAGCCGGACCUCCUCCCCGCCGUCUUCUCCAACUUCCUCGCCUCCGUCGUCGAUCCCACCGGGGAUGGCGACCUCGACCAGCAGCUAGGGUUCAACGCGCUGGCGUCGCUCGACAACCCUGAGCACCACGCGGAGGCCAUCCGGGUGCUGCGCCUCCACCGCAAGUCCCGGGCCUUCCUCGAGUCCAUCCAGUUUCCCGGGUUCACGCUCCGCGACUUCCUCCGCCCCGACCCGCGCCGCGCUGUACAGGUCCUCAGCGCCCUCGUCAACUUCCUCUACUACAGGGAGGAGAAGCUCGCCCUCCUGCAGCCCAUCAUCGAUGAGUUCCCCAACUCGGAUGAGCGCGACAUGGAGCUCAAGGCCAAAAUCGCCGAGCAUAAGAAGGCGAUUGCGGAUCACGAGCUUGCGGCGCAAAUGGAGGAGCCGAUGGUCCAGCAAUUGGAGGCGAAGGUAAAUUCCCUCAAGCAAAAGCUUGUCGAGUACAACAAACAGCAGCUGGCGCUGAGAGCAAACGCAAAUGCCAUCCAUGAGAAGAAAGAGGAGACUCUCAGAAAGAUUUCUGAAUCAGAUUUUGAGUUGAUGAAACUUGUCCAAGAAAAUUCAAAGUUAUCGGCCAAAAUUGUUCAAUCCCCAGAAAAGCUUCAGAGGUCCCUUGAAGAAAGGAAGGCAACUCGGGUUGAGCUGAAGAACGCCGAGAAAAUUGCAAUGCAAAGAGUUCAAGAGAAAACUGCCACUUUGGAGAUAUACAGUAAGGCUUCUGAAAAAUUGUCGAGGCAUUUAUCCGAAAUGCAGGCUUUACAAGAACAAGUUGCUGCUGCCAAAACUCUUGAGAAAGAAGUAAAAGCACGUAAAUCUAAGAUUAGUGAUGAAAGCGUUACGAUUAAGGCCCUUGACAAAAGGAUGGUUGAAUGGGAUGGAAAAGUUCUUGAAAUAGAGGAGCGUGCCAAAGCUAAAGAGAAAGAAAGGGACCAAAUAAUAGCAGAUGAAAAUCAGAAGCUGGCUGCUCUGAGGUCGGAAAUUGAAUGGAAGCUCAAGUGUCUUGAACCUCGGGAAAGGGAAGUUGAGGAAACGACUGCAAAGGCUACUAAAUUAUGUUUGGAAACUGAUUCAAUAAGAAAGUCUGCUGCAGAAGAGCAACAGCGGAUAUAUGCUAAAUUUCAAGAAAUUGGGCAUGCGUUUAACCACUACAAUGAUAACGUUAACACUUCCUUGGAACAAGUUGAGGAGGUGAGCAAAGAGACUUUAGAAAGGUUAGAUCGCCAAGCUUUGGAGGCAUUGGAUACACCUGCAUCAUUGCCGGUUGAGAAAGAUAACUCCUCCCACGGCCCUGCUUCCUGAAAUGAGGAUAUGCACUUGAUCGUCUUGAGAAGAUAGCGUAGUUUGUAGUGCACGGUUGUAAAAAUGCCAUAUAGUGCAAGUCCGGUGAGAAUUCUUCAUGAUCGAGUUACCUGAUGUCGUGAUGUAAAAAUGCCCUGAAUCAUUCUAGAAUUGAAAUGUUUGUCAGGUUGCUAAGUCGUACUAGUAGCAACUUGGAUUAUCUGGCUUAAUCUGUCUUGAUGGUGGCUCAAGCUUUGAUACCGUUUAAUUGUAUUUACCUAAGCAAAUGCAAUGCACGAUGGCUAGCAUUGGCACAGAGCGUGAUAUGGACAA